CCGCCAACGGUUUAUUCGAAUUCAAUUCAACUUAUGCCGGGCUUACGUAUCUCGUUACGAUUAUUUGGAGUAUUCAUCGUAGCACUUUGACAACUCUGUUUUGCGAUCGACACAGGAAAAUCAAAGUGCGUCAUUUUAUCAGGAAUCCCGAAUUUCCGUUGAAAUGUAGUUAAUGGGUCAAAUUAAAAAUCUGUUGUUUGUGCUUUUGCUGGUUUUGGUGACAUAAUUUUGAUUUCGAAAUACUUGCAAAUGGAAAUGUCGGACUCUUCGCCAUUAUCAAGGUCUGGAACUUCGUCUGCUUGCUGGUCGCCAGGAUCUUCCUGGUCUCCAUCUACGUCCUUGGCAUCGUGCUCGCCCAUGCAGAAUGUUAACCCUGCAGAAGAACUUCUUGAAAAGGCGUCCGCUCUUCCAGCUAUUUUGGAGAAUGGACGCAAAGUAUUUGGGCCGCCAUUAGAUUAUGCUGGUCUACGUCCUUCCUACAUAUGUGAGCUGUAUGUUGCGAAUUUGCCCAAGUCACUAGAUGAAGUGCACUUUCUAGCCUGGCUGUAUCGUUGCGGGGAAGUAUAUGAAAUGCGAUUGAUGAUGGAGUCGUUCAGUUUGUCGCGUGGCUAUGCAUUUGUACGCUAUACCCAGGAGAUUGAAGCCCUGGCCGCAUACGAAUUAUUGAAAUUUGUAUUCGUUGACGGUGAACGACUGAGCGUCUACCGCUCACAAGGUAAAAAUCGUCUUUAUGUGAGUAACAUUCCUAAGCAGCUGCCAUUGUCAUCCUUGGAAGCUGGCUUCAAGAACGCUUUUCACGACAUGGAACGCUGCACGGCACAUGCGUCAUCAGCCACAGAUUCAAUAAGGGGCGAUCUGAAUCGUGGAUUUGCUUUUAUCGAAUUUUACGAUCAUGAAACAGCGUUACAGGCGAAAAAACGUACAACGCCAGGACGCAUGCGCAUGUGGGGUAAUGAUUUGAAGGUUCAGUGGGCGAAGCCCAAGUCACUUCAGUUUAAUAGCAGCUCUAAUGAAAUUACGAAACCGCGUUCCUUGGGACACCGAGCGAGUUUACCGAAUGACUACAAUGCCAAAUUGCGCCUGUACUGCUUGGCUAAUAAUUGGUGCAUACCGGUGGUGGUUUAUGGUCGCUGCUUUCGUGAAAGAGGCAUUCAGUAUGGGGGCAUCCUUUUGAAAGACUCAACAAGCGGGGAGCUCAGUUGCAUGGUAAUGGAGUUGGCAGUAGAUCAUGAGAUUCAAGAUGUGCACAUUGCAAUGUGCGAAAUUGCAACGCUAUUGAUUGAAGAAAAUUUUGGCUUUCCUAAAUACCACUAUAUUGUUCGCUUGCUGAACGGAUUUCGAGCCGAAAUUUUGUAUAGUUGCUGCAACAACUUGGAUAUUUUG